AUAGGUGGGGAUGCGGGAGAUUCUGAGCUCCAAAAGGUUCAUAUCACUGUUCGGAUUACGCGCUCUCCUGUAGUCGGUGACAAUGAAAGUGGUAUUCAACCUGAUGUGAUAAUCAACCCACAUGCAUUCCCUAGCCGCAUGACAAUCGGUAUGUUCGUGGAGAGCAUGGCCGGCAAAGCUGGGGCCAUGCAUGGGUUAGCCCAAGAUGCCACACCUUUCGAAUUCUCGGAAGAUGAUACAGCUAUUGAUUACUUUGGAAAGCAACUUCUGGCUGCAGGUUACAACUACUAUGGGAACGAGCCAAUGUAUUCAGGUAUCACGGGAGAAGAAUUCGCUGCAGACAUUUACCUCGGGGUAGUAUACUAUCAGCGGUUACGACACAUGGUCUCAGAUAAAUUCCAAGUCCGAUCUACUUGUCCUGUUGAUCCUACAACAAGACAGCCCGUGAAGGGAAGGAAACGUGCUGGUGGUAUUCGUUUCGGGGAGAUGGAACGUGAUGCACUAAUCGCACACGGCACAUCAUUCCUACUUCAAGACAGAUUGAUGAACUGCUCUGAUUACUCGACUGCAUGGGUAUGCAGGAGUUGCGGAAGUCUCAUAUCACUCGGAUAUGAAGAUAUCACCAUCGGGGGACUUGCUUUAGACUCCGGCGAACCGUCCAGCGACUUCGCAAGUGGACCUUCGGGAGAAUACUGCCGC